CUGUAAUCGACUAGAAAAAAAUGUUGAAGAAGGCUGCUAAAAGUGGACGUGUCGACGUGCUAUAUAAGUUGCUUGCACAAGAUCCACAUCUUCUGAAGGAUCUAGACACCAUACUCAUAGCUGAUACUCCUCUACACGUAGCUGCAAGGGCUGGCAAAAAUCAUUUUGCUAUGGAAGUUGCAAGCCUAAAGCCAUCACUUGCUUGCAAACUAAAUGAAGAUGGCCUUAGCCCCAUGCACUUGGCUUUGAGAAAUGGGCACAAUGGAACUGCGAGAGGCCUUGCAACAGUGGACAGCAACCUCAUCAGGGUGAAAGGGAAGGACAGAAUUACUUCGUUGCACCUUGUAGCGGAAAUAGGAGACAUUGAUCUCUUGGAAGAAUUUCUACUUGCUUGUCCAUCAGCCAUUGAAGAUUUGACAGUUCGCCGAGAGACUGCUGUUCAUGUUGCUGUCAAACACCAAAGCUUGCAAGCUCUUAAGUUUCUUUUUGGAUGGCUUCACCGGAAAAAUAUGGAAGAUGUCCUAAAUUGGAAGGAUGAGGAAGGGAACACUGUAUUGCAUAUCGGAGUUCUCAAAAAUGACCUAAAGGCUGUGGAGUUGUUAAUCAAUAACGUUGAUAACCACGCUAAAAAUGGCAACGAUAUGACCGCUAUGGACAUCUUCAGACGCCAAUCCAAAUCUCAAAAUGGCGAAAUGGGAGAUAUCCUCCGUCGUGCGUCUCUCGUUUCAAGCUUUCUGAAUUCACUCAUCAGAAAACGAGACCAAUACUUGGGCUUCACAGUUGCUUCACAAGGCCUAGAAAUUUUCACCGUCGACACUCGCAGCAUAAUACUUGUUGUAGCUGUACUGAUCGCAACAGCUACCUACCAAGCCGUACUCAGCCCUCCUGGCGGAUAUUGGCAGGAUAACGUCGACGAACAUCAAGCUGGGAAAAUAAUCAUGAGCGACUUUGAGAGUUCUUAUUUUGCACUUCUUAACAGUUCAGCCUUCUGUGCAUCUGUGUGCACAAUCAUUGUUCUUGUUAUGGGGCUUCCUUUUUCUUUCUUUCUUGAAUCCUCUACUCUCUUCAUCUCAUGUUCCUAUUUUGUUUCACUGCUUAACACCUUCCCAUCUUUAGACAAGACCACACUGUCCCUGCUUCUGUUAAUUGGGUUGGUGUUGGGUUGUGUUCAUCUGCUGGCAUUUGAGGCUCAUCGGCGUAAGCGACAACAACGCAAGGUGGGAAAAUAUCAAUGGAAGUAUCAAGUGUUUUCUAUAAAUCCUGUUCAAAUGCGUGAUAAUUCGUCUAAGUUCUUUUCUUUUCUUUGGAGAUUUCUCCUUAAACCUUCACCAGCUUCUUUAGAAUGUCCUCCUUUGUAAAUUUGUUUUGUAUCACCUGUCAAUUUGUUUUCCUAGUAAUUUAUGAAUA